CAGACUCCACCGCGGGCUUCAGUCCCGCCGGUGGAGCGCGAGACAACACGCCUCGUCUCGGCCCAGCGGCUAGCGGACCGACAGACACGCGGGACUCGCGGGAAAGCGUGCAGACGUCUUCCAGCCAGCAGAGCGCGCGGACCAAGCGGCACGGGGCGGUGCGCGGACUCUUUCCAUUCGUUCACUUUUCAUAUUCGGGGAUUUGACCUCAGCUCCUCCUCUGCUCCUCCUCUGCUCCUCCUCCCUACUUCCUGAGGAGCUUGCGGAGGACGGCGGACCGCGCGGAAGGAGACGUUAACGGAGCGAAGGAGAGACGGGAGGAAGGAUUUAGGAGAGACGGGAGGAAGGAUCUAGGAGGGGAGAGCGAGCGGAAUGGCGGACCGCGACCCGGUCCCGCUGCCGGUGGAGGUGCGCGCGCGGCUGGCGGAGCUCGAGCUGGAGUUAUCAGAAGGGGACAUCACACAGAAGGGCUAUGAGAAGAAAAGGUCCAAGCUGAUUGGUCCAUACCUCCCACAAGCGCCAGGGAUGGAGGUUUCUGGGGGUCCGGAACGGAGACCCCCGGUGACUUCGGCCUCCUCCACGCGGUACCACCGCCGCCGGUCCUCGGGAACCCGGGACGAGCGCUACAGAUCAGAUGUUCAUACAGAAGCUGUUCAGGCUGCACUGGCGAAGCAUAAAGAAAGGAAGAUGGCCGUCCCCAUGCCGUCCAAGCGAAGAUCGCUGGUCGUCCAGACGUCCGUGGACGCCUACACGCCCCCAGACACCUCUUCGGGCUCAGAGGGAGACGAGGUUGCCGUGGGUGACGAUGAAGAGGACGGGGAGGAGGGCCGGGUGGGCGGGGGGGGAGGGGGAGGAGGGGGCGGGGCGUCAUCCAGCCGCGAGGGGAGCGUCGUCACAGAGACGUGGAUCAGUCGGGCGCUGCACGCCACCUCCAGCACCACCACCUCCUCCACAGGCUCCUCCUCUUCCUCCUCCACCCGCAGUGGGGGCAGUGGUGGAGGGGGGGGGCUAGCGGAGUGUCUGACGCAGCAGGCCCACAUCUCGAUCAGAGCCCCCCCGCACCAACACCAUCACCACCACCACCACCACCACCACCACAAGACAGAGAACCACUCGGCCCCCCCAGAUGUGACGGGGGGCUACACCCCUCACUCCAGCGGCGGCCCGGCCCAGGGCCAGGAGCGGCCCUUGGGGGGCGACCGCCCCCCCCGCGGGCCCCUGGGCUCCCUGGGGGCCCCGGGGCCGAGGCAGACCCCCAAGUACGGCAAUGCAGAGCUCAUGGACACCGGAGACGGUGUGCCGGUCAGCAGCCGGGUGUCGGCUAAGAUCCAGCAGCUGGUCAACACGCUGAAGAGGCCCAAGAGGCCCCCGCUCACCGACUUCUUCGUGGACGACUUCGAGGAGCUGCUGGAGGCGCAGCUCCCAGGCCCCGAGCCGCCGCGGCCGGAGGGGGGCCCAAUGGGGGUGGAGGAGGGGGAGCCGCUGGGCGUGGUUACCAACUGGCCCUCCUCCCUGGAGGCGGGGCUCCAGCGGUGGGGCACCGUCUCCCCCAAGGCGCCCUGCCUCACCUGCAUGGACCCCAACGGCAAGCUGCUGCACGUGCUCACCUAUGGUAAGCUGUGGUCCAGGAGUGUGAAGGUGGCCUUCAACCUCCUCCACAAACUGGGCUCCAAACAAGAACCUCUGGUCCAUCCUGGAGACCGGGUGGCGCUGGUGUUCCCCAACAACGACCCUGCCUCCUUCAUGACCUCCUUCUACGGCUGCCUGCUGGCCCAGGUGGUCCCGGUGCCCAUAGAGGUCCCGCUGUCCCGCAAGGAUGCAGGCUGUAAGCAGGUGGGCUUCCUGCUGGGGAGCUGUGGGGUCUCCCUGGCUCUGACCAGCGACGCCUGCCAUAAGGGGCUCCCCAAGACCUCCACCGGGGAGGUGCCCCAGUUCAAAGGCUGGCCGAAGGUGAUGUGGUUGGUCACGGAGUCGAAGCACCUGUCCAAACCGCCCCGGGACUGGUUCCCCGCAGUGAGGGAGGCCAACCAGGACACGGCCUACAUAGAGUACAAGACGUGUAAAGAUGGAGGAGUGUUGGGAGUCACGGUAACCAGGGCAGCCAUGUUGGCCCACUGCCAGGCUCUGACGCAGGCCUGCUCCUACACCGAGGCUGAGACCAUGGUCAACGUCCUGGACUUCAAGAAGGACGUGGGACUCUGGCACGCCGUCCUCACCAGUGUGAUGAACAUGAUGCAUGUGGUCAGUGUUCCCUACGCCCUGAUGAAGGUCAACCCGUUGUCCUGGAUACAGAGGGUCUGCCAGUUCAAAGCUAAGGUGGCGUGUGUGAAGUCGCGGGACAUGCACUGGGCGCUGGUGGCCCACAGAGAGCAGCGAGACGUGGACCUGAGCUCCCUGAGGAUGCUGCUGGUGGCCGACGGAUCCAACCCCUGGUCCAUUUCGUCAUGUGACGCCUUCCUCAACGUCUUCCAGACCAAGGGGCUGAGGUCAGAGGUCAUCUGUCCCUGCGCCAGCUCCACCGAGGGGCUGACUGUGGCCAUCAGGAGGCCCCUGGAGGAGGGGGCGGUCCCGGGCCGGGGGGUUCUGUCCAUGCAGGGUCUGAGCCACGGAGUGAUCCGAUUGGACAGCGAGGAGAAGCUCUCUGUCCUCACGCUGCAGGACGUGGGCGGAGUCAUGCCCGGAGCUGUGAUGUGUGUCGUUCGCCCCGAGGGCUUUCCCCAGCUCUGUCGGACGGACGAGAUCGGGGAGCUGUGUGUGAGCUCAGUCGCCACGGGAACGGGAUACUACGGCCUCACCGGGAUGACCAAGAACACGUUUGAGGUGUUCCCGGUGGGCGAGGAGGGCGAGCCGCUUGGCGAGCGAGGCUUCGUGCGGACGGGCCUCCUGGGGUUCCUGGGCCCGGGGGGGCGUGCCUUCGUGGCGGGGAAGAUGGAGGGUCUGAUGGUGGUGGGGGCGCGGCGGCACAACGCCGACGACCUGGUGGCCACCGCCCUCGCCGUGGAGCCCAUGAAGUUCGUCUACAGAGGGAGGAUCGCCGUGUUCUCCAUCACGGUUCUCCACGAUGAGAGGGUGGUGGUGGUGGCGGAGCAGAGACCUGACUCCACAGAGGAGGACAGCUUCCAGUGGAUGAGCAGAGUGCUGCAGGCCAUCGACGGUAUCCACCAGGUGGGGGUCUACUGCCUGGCUCUUGUGCCCUCCAACACGCUGCCCAAGACGCCCCUGGGUGGGCUGCACCUGUCAGAGACCAAGCAGCUGUUCCUGGAGGGCCGGCUGCACCCCUGUAACGUCCUCAUGUGCCCCCACACCUGUGUGACCAACCUGCCCAAACCCCGGCAGAAACAGCCUGAGGUGGGUCCGGCCUCGGUGAUGGUGGGGAACCUGGUGUCUGGGAAGAGGAUCGCCCAGGCCAGCGGCCGGGACCCGGGGAACCUUGAGGACCAGGACCAGUUCCUCUUUCUGUCCGACGUCCUGCAGUGGCGGUCCCAGACGACCCCGGACCACGUCCUCUACAGCCUGCUGAACUCCAGGGGGGCGGUCAGCAGCUCCCUCACCUGCCUCCAGCUCCACAAGAGAGCAGAGAAGAUCUCCGCCAUGCUGGGAGAGAGAGGACAGCGGCUGGAGGGGGACCACAUCGCCCUCGUCUACCCCCCAGGCAUUGACCUGAUCGCGGCGUUCUACGGCUGUCUGUACGCGGGCUGCGUCCCCGUCACCGUGCGGCCCCCCCACCCCCAGAACAUCUCCACCACCCUGCCCACCGUCAAGAUGAUCGUGGAGGUGAGCCGCUCGGUGUGUGUGAUGACCACCCAGCUCAUCAGUAAGCUGCUGAGGUCCAAGGAGGCGGCGGCGGCGGUGGAGGUCCGCAGCUGGCCCCCGGUGCUGGAGACAGAUGACCUCCCUAAGAAGAAGCCCUCUCUGCUCUUCAAGCCGUCCAACCCUGAGAGCCUCGCCUACCUCGACUUCAGCGUGUCCACCACCGGCAUGCUGGCCGGGGUCAAGAUGAGCCACGCCUCCACCAGCGCCUUCUGCCGCUCCAUCAAGCUGCAGUGCGAGCUGUACCCGUCCCGGGAGGUGGCCGUCUGCCUGGACCCCUACUGCGGCCUGGGCUUCGUGCUCUGGUGCCUCUCCAGUGUGUACUCAGGCCACCAGUCCAUCCUGAUCCCCCCGGCGGAGCUGGAGCUGAACCCGGGGGUCUGGCUGCUGGCCGUGAGCCAGCUGAGGGUCCGCGACUCCUUCUGCUCCUACAGCGUCAUGGAGCUGUGCACCCGCAGCCUGGGCCAGCAGACCGACGGGCUCAAGGCGAAGGGUCUGGACCUGUCUCGCGUGCGGACCUGCGUGGUGGUGGCGGAGGAGAGGCCCCGCACCGCCCUCAGCCAGUCCUUCUCCAAGCUCUUCAGGGACCUGGGGCUCCACGCCCGCGCCGUCAGCACCUCCUUCGGCUGCAGGGUCAACCUGGCCAUCUGCCUGCAGCCUCAUAGGCUCGGGAAGCUUGCCGACCAGGGUACCUCGGGCCCCGACCCCACCACCGUCUACGUGGACAUGAGGGCCCUGCGGCACGACCGGGUGAGACUGGUGGAGAGGGGGUCGCCCCACAGCCUGCCUCUCAUGGAGUCUGGGAAGAUCCUGCCCGGGGUCCGCAUCAUCAUCGCUAACCCAGAGACCAAGGGGCCAAUGGGAGAGUCUCAUCUGGGAGAGGUGUGGGUGACCAGCGCUCACAACGCCAGCGGUUACUUCACGGCGUACGGCGAGGAGGGGCUGCAGGCGGACCACUUCACGUCCCGGCUCAGCUUCGGCGACACGCAGACCGUCUGGGCCCGGACCGGGUACCUGGGCUUCCUGAGGCGCACCGAGCUGACCGACGCCAACGGAGAGCGCCACGACGCGCUCUACGUGGUGGGGGCUCUGGACGAGGCCAUGGAGCUGCGGGGGAUGAGGUACCACCCCAUCGACAUCGAGACCUCCGUCAUCAGGACCCACAAGAGCAUCACCGAGUGUGCGGUCUUCACGUGGACCAACCUGCUGGUGGUGGUGGUGGAGCUGGAGGGCUCGGAGCAGGAGGCCCUGGACCUGGUUCCCAUGGUGACCAAGGCGGUGCUGGAGGAGCACUACCUGGUGGUGGGCGUGGUGGUGGUGGUGGACAUCGGGGUCAUCCCCAUCAACUCCCGCGGAGAGAAGCAGCGCAUGCACCUCCGGGACGGGUUCCUGGCCGACCAGCUGGACCCCAUCUACGUGGCCUACAACAUGUAG